UUCACCACCGCAGGCGGCCAGACCAUCGCCGGCGCCUGGACCGUCGGCACCCUGCACGUGGUCGGCGGACUGACUCUGCGCGGCACGCUGGGCGGGCUGCGCGUGCCCGACGACCUAGUGCUGGUGCACCGGCCGGAGCUCAGCUACCACGUCCAGAGUCUGACCUUUUCCACCGUCGCCGCGCGCCAGCUGAUCGUCACCGACCGUCUGGGCCCCGUCAGGGUGGUGGACGGUCGCCUGCAGGUGCUGUUGACCUCCGGCGAUCAGCUGGUGACGGGUCAGAAGAUGAUCGGCACGCUGCACCUGACGGGGGACUCGCUGGUGGAGGGCCUGAUCAACGGCGUGAACGUGUCGGCGGCGCUGCUGAACCAGGCGCUGGACCAGGCCACCACCGUUGUCCACGGCGACAAGGUGAUCAACGGCAACGUCACCUUCCUCUCGGACCUGCAUCUGACGGGCCUGCUGAACAGCGUCAACGUCACGGCCCUGCUGGACUCGGCGCUGAAGCUGACAGACAGCACGCUGCCGCCGCUCGUGUUCCAGGACCUCGUGAUCUCCGGCGACCUGCAGACGACGCUGCUGAACGGCCAGGAGCCCGCCGACUGGGUGCUGACCGACGCCGACAGCCAGGUGGUGACGGGCAGCAAGACGCUGGUCUCGCUGUCGGCGCGUCGCCUCUUCGUGGACCUGCUGAACGGCCUGCUGCUGGACGACUUCUACCUGAGCGUGCUGCGCACCAGCGGUGACCAGCAGGUGCUGGGGCCGCUUCUGUUCGUCACCGACACGGCGUUCGGCACCCUGACGGCGGGCGCGGUGCAGUGGCAGGGGUACGACCUCAGCGAGGCCGUCACCGUCUCCGGCAGGCACACCAUUGCAGGCUCCAAGAUCUACACGUCGCCGCUGCAGGUGGCCGGCCUGCACGUGACGGACCUCUGGGUGGACGGCCUGAUCGACGGCGUCAACCUGACCUCGCUCCUCUCGGCGGCCAACGUCAACGCCACAUACACGAUAGUGACCGGCUCUCAGAACUUCACCAACAAGGUGACGGUCUCCACCCUGAUCGUGUCUGGCCUCAUCAACGGCGUGAGCCUGCUGGAGCUCUUCCAAGACGUGGUCCGUGACGGCAUCGUCAACGGCGACCUCGUCUUCCAGAACAACGCCACUGUGGACGACUUAAAGUUUAUCGGCACGUUUGACGGUAUGAGCAGCGACGAGUUCGGCUCGGCCUGGCUGACGACGGCCGGCGGCCAGGCGCUGGCGGCCGGCUCCCACCUGACCGCCGGCGCCGACCUGACCGUGCUCGCCCUGCACGUGCUGCCGGACGGCUCGCUCAACGGCGUGCCUGGCGACCAGCUGUUCGCCGGGCUGAUCCGGCUCGGCGCCCCUGUCGUCAUCAACUCCAACGUCACAUUCAACCGGCUGGUGGGCGACGCGGUCGCCGUGCGCCAUCCCAGCGUCAACCUGACUGACGUCGUGCGCCAGAAACCUUAG